AUGUUCCGACGCGACACGUCCGGCCCCAUGGACGUAGACAGCAUGGACCCCAUGGCUCGUCUUGCAGAGUUUGCAGAGCCGCCGCGGAAGCGCCCGCACGCCGACCUCUCCGCGCCGCAGAGCAGCGGCUCGUCCUCGUUCCGUUUCGGGCCGAACACGCCGUUCCUCUUCCAUGCGACAGCGCCCAUGCCACCGACGCGGAAGUGGGAGCCGUACGAUCCCCAGCGCUGGGCUGGCACCGACUUCGGGAUGGGGAGCGCGACCUCGGGCGUGGUGGACGUGGACAUGGAUGGCGAGGCCGCUCCGGCCGCUCCGGCUGCUCCGGCAGGAGUUUCCGGGGUGGGUGAGACCGCCGGUGCACACUCUGAGUUUGCCGGCUCCGUUAAUGGCGGAGGAGGAGAGGAGGGACCGGCCAGCCCGAAACCGAAGCCGAAGGGCAAGCCGAAGCAGCGCAAGAAGGUCACGGUCGAGGACGACGAGGACGGCGAGGAGCGGCAUAUCGCCACGGGCGCCAUUACGCGGGUCAGGCGGAGGCGGAAGGAGUGGGCGCGCCGCGGCGCCGGCGACGAGGUCGGGCCGACGUACAACCUCCAUCUCGGGCCGAACGGGACGCAACACCGCGAUAUCCCCGGUAUUCUUCUUGGGCAAUUCAUCUUCAACCUCUCCCUAGUGUUGUUCUUCCUGUAUCUCGCGCUGCAGUUCAUCAUCGCGAUCCGGCGCGACGUAUCAGAGCGCAUCGACGAGUACAGUGUGGAGAUUCUGCAGGAGAUCGCACAAUGCACCCAAGCCUACGUCACGAACCGGUGCGAGCCCGCCACGCGUGUGCCGGCGAUGGAACAGGCGUGUUCAGCCUGGGAGACGUGCAUGAACCGGGACCCGAAGGUGGUCGGCCGAGCGAGGGUGGGCGCCGAGACGUUUGCGGACAUUAUCAACUCCUUCGUGGACAGUAUCAGUCUCAAGACGAUGCUGUUCUCGACGCUCAUGAUUGGACUGCUUGUUGUGCUUACCAACUCGGCCUUGUUUAACCUCAGAGCAAAGCAGGAACUCGUCCAUCAGCGCGAACUGCAUCAGCACAAGCUGGCUCAAGUGGGCAUGCCGCAGUAUCCAUACUACCACCUUCCUCCCGGCGCUCAGCAGUAUGGAGGACAGCCGGGCCUCCCACCCCCGGCUAGUCCUAGUGGACAGCCGCUCGGCCUUGCUCCCCCGCCUGGCCAGCAGCCUGAGGAGCCCAAGAAGUCCAAGUGGCUCAAAUGGUAG